AUGAAGUGGAGCACCUUCGUCACGGCCUUGGGGCUGUUCGCGCCUUCGAGCGCACUGCUUCGAUUCGGUUGCGCCCGUUUGACUGUCCAACGCCUGGACCCCUUGGUCAAUCCAGGCGUGAACCCGUCGCCGCAUCUUCAUCAGAUCAUUGGAGGAAACUCCUUUAACGUGUCGAUGGACCCGAAGGCGCAUGAUCUCCAUGCUGACUUACAUACCGACUUCUCCAACUACUGGACCGCCGUCAUGUUCUUCAAGGGCAAGAACGGCACUUACAAACGUGUCCCGCAGCGAGCCCAGCAGGGGAUGGAGGGUACGCAGGGCGGCAUGGUCGUCUACUACAUGUCGGACGCGCUCUUCGACACGGCGCAGAAGUCAAAAGUCACUGCCUUCAAGCCCGGCUUCCGCAUGCUCGUUGGCGACGUGAACUACCGCGACCGCGAGGCAGCCCGCAAGUUCCGCCAACUGACCUACAUCUGCAUGCAAAACGAGGGCACGCGUGAACCCGAGACACUCACCUUCCCCACGAAGCCUUGCCCUGCCGGAAUCAUGGCCAACCAUCGUUUCCCAACGUGCUGGGACGGUGUGAAUCUCGAUUCGCCGAACCACCAGGACCAUGUUGCGUAUCCGGAGUCGGGGACGUUCGAGUCGGGCGGCCCAUGUCCCUCUACGCACCCGGUUCGGCUUCCGCAGAUCCUACUAGAGACGGUGUGGGAUACGAAGGCGUUUAACAACAAGGCGGAUUGGCCCGCUGAUGGCAGUCAGCCUUUCGUCUGGUCGAGUGGUGAUGCCACGGGGUACUCUACGCAUGCUGAUUACCUGUUUGGCUGGAAGGAUGAUUCUCUCCAAAAGGCCAUGGAUGCGCACACCUACGUUUCUGCUCCGAGCCUCAAGACGCAGAGCAUUACCGAGCAGAACAAGUGUACCGUUAAGGAUAUGGUGGGUGAGGAUAUUGAUAGCUGGUUGACUGAGCUGCCCGGUAAUGUUAUGGUUAACUAA